CCCUUCCCCUGCCCCCACAGGCCCACACCCGCCGCUCGCCCCAACCAGCAGCUACAGGCCUCCUGUCUUCGACGUCGCCGGAGGUCCUCCCGCCGCCGCGCUCUUCCUGCCCUUCCUUCUCUCCUGUGCUGGCGGGGAGAGGAGCGGAGAUCAUCUGAAGUUGGAGCGGUUCCUUCUUUGCUAAUCUUGCAAGAUUUCUCACAAGUAGUCAAGUACUAUGAUUAUUUAAAAUCGAUGAAUUUAUGUCAUGCAAAACGGAGGAUCUGACUCCUGUCAUUGUACACCGACGUUUCAUCUUGUUCAUGUGAUGCCAUCUGUCUGAAUUGAAAGGAGAGCCAACAUAUCAAGAUGACAGAAGCAUCGUCUUCCAAAAAGCGACCACGCUCUCCUAAUGAUAAUGAUGAACAUCCUCUAGGCAGAGAUCAAAUCUGCUCAAGCCUUGUUCUGAUGAUGCAGAGGACAAUCUUACAUUCAACGAUACCAUGAUAGCUCUUCAAUUGAUGCGCACCCAGUUUCCAAAGCUGGAAAAGCUUGUGGUGCAGCCAUUCGUUUUGCAGUCACAAUUGUAUAGCAGUGUGAAGGAUAGAACACAAGUUGACAGAGACUUGGAGUCAUUCAAGAAAGGCAAAGUGCUGCGUAUAUUCAAACUUAGUUCUGGGCAGGAUGAUCAUGCAAUCAUGUUCAUGGAUGAUUAUUUGAAACAGGUUGCUUUUGCAAUUAAGUGGUCCGGGGGUGAAGACCAAGAUGGUAGUGAAGUGUUUGAGUGGUUUGAGAGAUAUGUUGUCCCUUCAAAACUGGAUGUUAGCAUUAAUCAAUUAGAACUGUGUUCACUGUUAUCACGCGGUGGUGAUGUUACAGACAAACAUAUAACACUUUUGAUGAAUGCUGGUCUUUUGACAUGCCAACUUAUUGAUCCAAACAUUUACUGGUUUGCUAUUCCGAGAAUUGGCCCCAUAUUGAAAGGCCUAUCCCAGGGUAGGAAGGAAAUUCUUUCGCUGUUGAACCGCAAAAAGUACAAGGAGAUGCUACUCUCUUCACUGGAGAAGACAAAGCUAAGAUUAUCACCUCUUGAUACGCGAUUCCUCCUUCGCGAUUUGAUUGGAUCCGGUCACAUAGAAACAGUUCAGACGCCCACUGGUUUACUUGCUCGCAUAACAAGAGAUUGAUAAAGCUGCCUGUUGUAAUUCUGCUCAUUUUUCUGCCUUAUCUGAUAGGCAUUGCAUUCCACUUGUUAACAUCUUUUCAUCUUUUGAGAGAAAGGAAAUUUUCCUAUUCAUACGACAAAAGGAGAAACCGGGUCUAGAAAACCUGUGGUGUUCAGAAAAAGAGAGGCACCUCACUGUCUAGUUUGUCGUGUAGCAGCAUCCACCAUCCAUGUCUGGUGGUAGUUAUUUGAGUACAAAAUCACUGUUGCGAUUCACAUCGGUGGCUGGUUUGUUGC